CCGAGUCAAAUUUUGCAUACUCCACAAAGGGUCUAACAAAAGGCAUCUUUAUGCCUGACCCCUCAAACGGAAACUUGGUGGGCUCCUAUAAAAUCCACCAAACCUUCUAAAAAUUCCUUUUUUUUAUUCUGUUCAGCUUCAAGACUCUUCAUUUUUGUGCUUGUUGUGAACUUGUGAUAAAGAUCCAUCUUUCAUGUUCCUUUUGCUCACCUUUUUGUCAAAAACAUCGUAUUUUAGAAAGAAAAAGAGAGAGGUCCUUGUACAGUUGUCGGCUGGGACACAAAUUGAACAAGAGAAAAAAGCAAUAAAAUUCAGUGUUUAUUUUUUUUUCCUUACAUCAGAUCUGAGGCUGUUGAUGAAAUUUGACUAGUUUCGUCUAAGUUCAGUUAUAUUCUUUGUGGUUCCUUAGAAAAAGAAAAAGGAAUUUUGAAGAUUGUAUAUUUUGAGGCUGUGAGCUGAUUUCUUGAAAUUUUAUUACAUGUGUUCUGGCUUCUGAGGUUUAUUUUCGGAGGCUUUUUUGUUUUUUUUUUCCUUUCCUGAAGUUUCCUUUUUUCGUAAGAGAAUGGGGAGUUGCUUGAGCAACCAGAUAAAGGCUGAGAGCUCUUCUCAAACAGGCAUGGGUUCAUCUAAAAUGGUGACGGAUUUAAGUAACUCGAGCCUUAAGACAUCCGUGCCCCCGACUCCCAGAACAGAAGACGAGAUUUUGCAGUCUCCCAACCUUAAAAGCUUCACCUUGAGCGAUCUUAAAUCAGCCACCAAAAAUUUCCGCUCAGACAGCGUCUUAGGAGAGGGAGGUUUCGGCUCGGUUUACAAAGGUUGGUUGGACGAAAAUACCCUUGCGGCUUCGCGGCCUGGUUUGAGUAUGGUCGUGGCUAUUAAAAGACUAAACCAGGAUGGGUGGCAAGGGCACAAAGAAUGGCUGGCUGAGAUCAACUAUCUUGGGCAAAUUCGUCACCCGAAUCUUGUGAAGUUAAUCGGUUACUGUUUGGAGGAUGAACACAGGCUUUUGGUGUACGAGUUCAUGCCCAAGGGUAGCUUGGAUAAUCAUCUAUUCAGGAGAGGAUCAUACUUUCAGCCACUCCCAUGGAGCUUGAGAAUGAAGAUUGCUCUUGAUGCUGCAAGAGGGCUCGCUUUUCUCCAUAGUGAUGAAAUAAAAGUGAUAUACCGGGACUUCAAGACUGCUAAUAUCCUACUUGAUUCGCACUACAGUGCGAAACUUUCUGAUUUCGGGCUCGCCAGGGAUGGGCCCGCUGAUGAUAAAAGUCACGUCUCGACUCGAGUUAUGNAAGUGCCAAGGCCUGUAAACGAGCCGAGACGAGCUCGAGCUUGUCACUUAACCGCAAAAAGUGACGUGUACAGCUUCGGAGUAGUCCUUCUAGAAAUCUUGACCGGUAAAAAGGCCAUCGACAAAACCCGGCCCACUGGCGAACAAAAUCUUGUCGACUGGGCCAAACCUUACCUAACCAACAAACGGAGGAUUAUCCGGGUCAUGGAUACCAGGCUUGAGGGCCAAUAUUCAUUGGGCCGGGCUGUGAAGGCUGUGGGCCUUGCUCUCCAGUGCCUGUCCACGGAUGCCCGGUUGAGGCCCGUUAUGGAUGAGGUCGUAAAAGCCUUGGAGGAGCUUCAAGAUUCGAAAAACGAGAAAAAGGAAAAACGGAUAAAUCGACAUAAUCAUAACCAGUCGAAGGAAGCACGUAAAAACAAGGCUUAUUAUCCUAGGCCUUCGGCUAUCGUUCUUUAG